GGAAAAUCCUGGAUAACAUCUCUUCGCUGUUGUAUUUGUCAGUUGGGCAGGAGCAGCCAUGCCGUUUGGCUGUUUGACCCCGGCAGAGAAGAAGGAUUACAACAAUCCCUCAGAGGUGACCGACAAAUAUGACCUGGGCCAGGUCGUCAAGUCGGAGGAGUUCUGUGAGAUAUUCAGGGCGAAGGACAAGAACACUUUGAAAAUGUACACCUGUAAAAAGUUCCUGAAGAAAGACGGGAGGAAAGUGCGAAAAGCAGCCAAAAACGAGAUUGUCAUCUUGAAGAUGGUGAAGCAUCCAAACAUCCUGCAGCUGGUUGAUGUCUAUGAGACAAGAAAGGAGUACUUCCUCUUCAUGGAGCUGGCGUCAGGGCGGGAGGUGUUUGACUGGAUCCUGGACCAGGGCUACUACUCGGAGAAGGACACCAGCAAAGUGAUGCGACAGGUCCUGGAGGCCGUGGCCUACCUGCACUCCCUAAACAUCGUCCAUCGGAACCUCAAGUUGGAGAAUUUAGUCUACUACAAUCGUCUGAAGAAUUCCAAAAUAGUCAUUAGCGACUUCCAUCUUGCCAAGCUGGAGAAUGGCCCCAUCAAAGAACCCUGUGGCACUCCUGAAUAUCUUGCUCCUGAGGUGGUUGGAAGGCAGAGGUACGGCCGACCAGUGGACUGCUGGGCCAUCGGCGUGGUCAUGUACAUACUGUUGUCAGGAAACCCUCCGUUUUACGAAGAUGCUGAUGAGGACGACUACGACAAUCAUGAUAAGAACCUUUUCCGCAAGAUCCUGGAAGGAAUUUACGAGUUCGAUGCUCCAUACUGGGACGAGAUCUCUGACUCAGCUAAAAACCUCGUGGCGUGCCUAAUGGAGGUGGACGUGGACCAAAGACUGACUGCGCAGGAGGCUAUUAACCACGAGUGGAUAUCCGGGAACGGGGCCUCAGAUAAGAACAUAAAAGAUGGAGUUUGCGCUCAGAUCGAAAAGAACUUUUACAAAGCAAAGUGGAAGAAAGCCGUCCGGGUGACCACCAUGAUGAAGAGGUUGCGUGCCCCCGACCAGAGUGACUCGGGAGCCUCCAGCCCAGCGACGGGCACCUCCGCUGGCCCCGUCACACCCAGCAACACCCCCCAGCCUCCCGCGGCCACCACCCCUGCGGCUACCACCCCUGCACCCCUCACCCCUGAGGCCCCCCCUCCUGCCACCACAGAGGACCCCGCCCCUGCCCCUGCCCCUGCCCCUGAAGCUGAACCUGCCCCUGCCAUCACCCCGGAACAAACCACCGUCACCGUGGAGACCAGCAACGAUCCCCCCUCAGCACCGAGCAGCACCGACAACACUCUAACUGAGCCCUGA